UUUUCAGCAGAGGCCGAUUUUUUCCCGCCUAAAGUUAUUCCUUCGAUAAACACAAUCGCGGUGCCAUGUAUUACGCGGAAAAAGCUAUAGUAACUUGUCAUUUAUACAAGCUUUGUUGAGUGUGGAGGUCGGCGGCCAUGGAGUGUAAAAGAAAGUCCUGGGAGUCAUCUGAAAAAGAAAACAAACGCCCAAUCAAUGCGACAAAAUCCGAGUCAAGAAAACGAGGGAAUGAGCAUGACUUGUCGUCGGGUGUUGGCUCAAUUGCUGGACCAUCCAAUAGCAAGGCACCCAGAAACACACUAUGGAAUCACACUGGGGAAGGACGUCAGGAGGAGGGCAUCAUAAAGAGAGAGCAAAUUGUUCACUUAAGAGAAACAAUAACGGAGGAGGACUUUUUGAGGUACAAAGAACUCUCAGGUGGUACAUCGGAGAUGGAUGUAGAGGAAAAUGAAGGCGAACGUCUUACUGAAUGGGAUGAUUAUACAUCUGUAAUGUUUGACACAGAGACCACCGGUCUCGAUACAAGUAAUGACGAUAUAAUACAAUUAGCAUGCGCUAGCGAGAAUGGUGAUCCUCUACAUUCCCGGUACAUGUUUCCAAGGGGAAGUAUUGAUUUAGGCGCUACCAGAGUUCAUGGUAUAAGCAAGGCAUUUAUAGACGGGUCUAGAGUUCUGGUAAAAGAUGGUAGGCCUCUCGCGGACGUCGCUUCACAGAAGGAUGGUCUGCGUGAAUUUAUUGCAUUCCUGAAAAUGCACCAAAGCCAAAGUCCGAAAAGGCUACGCCUAGUUGCACAUUAUGGCGACAGGUUUGAUUUCCGAUUGUUGAUAAACUGUCUGAAGAGACACAAUCUCAUGAACGAAUUCAUUAGCACUGGUUUAGUGCUUCUGGACUCAGUUAAAGUUAUAAGGGCGUCAAAGAAACAAGAAAAAAGCCCGCUUGAUUCCUCUUUCAAAAAGGAAUCGCUACCUGCCCUUCACGGUCAUUUGUUUGGUGUCCCAAACGACAGGCCGCACGAUGCCCAAGCAGAUGCCUGCGCUUUGGCCAAAGUCUUGAUGAAAAUCCCAAAAGACAUGUCCACUUCCGUCACCAUAAAUAACUUUAUGAAACAGAUGAAACAUUCACAGGAAGUGAAAAACCGGGAGUUUACUUUGUGGGGUCUGCCCGUUUCCUCAUCCAUGAAAGAGAAGAUAGCCAAAAGUGGGAUGGACUUCAAUAAAAUGAGAAGUGUUUAUAAAGAGGGUGGCGAAAGGGGGCUGUUAACAGUGCUGGCGCUUCCGCCUCAAUACAGCCAGCUUAAUGUGAAGGGCAGUAAGCCCCGUGUAACGAAAACAAUUAGGAUUAUUAACAAAAUUGUAAGUUUUUUUCAUAUGGCAGCCAUGUCAGAUAAAAACAGUGCGACUUAGGACAAAUUUCAUGCGCAUACCAGCGAGAAUCCCCUAAGGCGUAGAAUAAAAUUCUUCAUGAUCUCGCUGGUAUUGUGAACCGUUGUUGCACUGUAUCAUUGUCAAUGUAUGACUACCGGGUGCGCUGGAAUUCGAAUCUGAAUAAAAAAUAUUACGAGAAAA